GGAGAGAGGAGUGAGGUUAGAGAGAGGAAGCUCAACACGCCGAAGAGAGAGAGAGAGAGAGUAAGCACCGGAUCUAAGUCGACGGUCUCAUUAGGGUUUUGCACAAUCGAAUCGGACACAGUCGACGAUCAUCAAUGGCGAUGGCUGCUCUCAGACGCGAGGGGAGGCGAUUCGCCCCUCUCCUCUCCCCCCGCCCAAUCGCCGCCGUCCGAUCCUCCCUCGUUUCUGAGGAGGAUAUCCCUUUUGGCGCGCGCUCUAUUUCAACUCAAGUGGUCAGAAACCGCAUGAAGAGUGUGAAGAACAUCCAGAAGAUCACAAAAGCUAUGAAGAUGGUUGCAGCCUCAAAGCUACGAGCAAUCCAAAUCAGAGCUGAAAAUUCCCGUGGCCUGUGGCAGCCAUUCACUGCCCUUCUUGGUGACACACCUAGUGUUGACGUCAAGAAGAAUGUUAUUGUCACUGUCUCUUCAGACAAGGGUCUCUGUGGCGGUAUUAACUCCACAUCAGUUAAGAUAAGCAAGGCUCUGUACAAGUUGAAUUCCGGUCCUGACAAGGAGACGAAGUAUGUUGUUUUGGGAGAAAAAGCGAAGGCUCAGUUGGUUCGUGACUCAAAGAAGAAUAUUGAGCUAACAAUAUCAGAGCUGCAGAAGAAUCCUCUGAACUACACCCAGGUUUCUGUGCUGGCUGAUGACAUCUUGAAGAACGUGGAAUUUGAUGCAUUGAGGAUUAUCUUUAACAAGUUUCAUUCAGUUGUCUCAUUUUUGCCAACAAUGUCCACUGUGUUAUCGCCAGAAAUUGUUGAGAGGGAGGCUGAGGCAGGAGGAAAGCUCGGAGAAUUAGACUCCUAUGAGAUUGAAGGAGGUGAAACCAAGGCAGAGAUCCUUCAGAAUUUGGCAGAGUUUCAGUUCUCUUGUGUUUUAUUCAACGCGGUGUUGGAGAAUGCUUGCAGUGAGCAAGGAGCAAGGAUGUCUGCUAUGGACAGUUCCAGCAGGAAUGCUGGUGACAUGCUUGACCGCCUUACUCUAACUUAUAACAGAACCCGUCAAGCAUCUAUUACCACCGAGCUCAUUGAAAUUAUUUCUGGAGCAUCGGCACUGGAGGGCUAAUUUCCAAAGAAAUGGUACUUCUCUUUUGUUUCUUUGAGAGCUGAGUUGCUGAAAAGUAUUCCGCCUGCUUGUUUGAUGGCGACGAAAUAAGAUGUUUAGUGGAGGCUUCAUGUAAACAGCGAACGCUUUGUACCCCCCUUUUGGUAAUUGUUGCUGAGAAUCGAGAUCUCCUAAUAACAUCCCGUGUCUGCGGAGUCAUUUUUCUUUUUCUGGAAGUAAAACGUAAAGUCAAUAUUGAAGUACCUUUCCUGCUUAUGCAAA